AUCUCAAGGAAUCCCCCACAUUUCGUGAGGGGUCGUAUUGUUGUGUGCCGUUACAUCUACGGUACCUACAGAGCAGAUCUUGGUUUUUAAGCGGCUUACCCCUGAAUUUAGUUUUGACUGGAUUUCAACGGAUUGAAGACUUCGGACUCUAGCUUCGUAUUCGUAUCUUACCCUUACUUUCCAAUAUAGACGUAGGUAACAUCGCCAAGACUUGAAAUUUUCGAUAAAUACCACCACAUAAAGACCUCUGCUUUCUUCAAGGGGGUAUUUUCACCUCCUCAGUUAAAUUCAGUUGUCAAAAUCGCGAGAGGAAAGGUCGACAAAAUGGAUGCGACGGGGUGGCAAACACUGCUUACCGCGAUUGCGACGCUUCUCGCGAUUGGCGUCGCUUGGGUCUGGAAACUCAACAGCGCGCUCAAACAGACACCACCAGAGGUGUUAGCAGUAAGUCCCCACCGCUGGACAGAACAAGAGAUGAAGGAAACCUACAAACGCAUCGAGGCCAGACCGAUCGACUGGGUUAAGCACCUCCCACCACGGCUGAACCGUCGUUACAUCGUCACAGGCGGUUGCGGCGGGGUGGGAGGCCAGAUCGUCCUGCACCUACUUGCCCGCGGUCAGUCGCCAGAGAGUAUUCGAAUCGUCGAUUUCCAAAAACCGGCUCGACCUGAUAUGAAAACGGGCCCUGCUGCUCUGGUCGGUUUCGCACAAGCUGACAUCACGUCACCCACAGCGACGUCCGCUGCAUUUAACAAGCCCUGGCCCAACAGUGUGGCUCAUCUCCCGCUCACUGUCUUCCAUACAGCUGCUGUCAUACAGGCGUCGGAGCGCUCCCUCAAGACCUAUGAUAACGUAAAGCGCGUGAACGUUGACGGCGUGAAAAAUGUUCUAGAAGCGUCAAAACAAGCCGGCGCAGACGUCUUUAUAUCCACAUCGUCCGCCUCCAUCUCGUACAUACCCGUCAAGUAUUGGGGAAACCCAUUUCGACGCUGGCCUGAACACUACUGGCAAUUUCUCGACGACUCUGACUUUGACCGGCCAUUACGACCGCAUGCCGAAUUUUUCAGCAACUACGCGUAUGCCAAGGCCACAGCUGAACGACUUAUCUCCGCGGCCAAUAGCUCUAGUUUCCGCACGGGGCUUGUACGCCCUGCUAACGGCAUCUACGGCACGAGCCACGGCGACCAGAUUGUCGGGCUGGUUCUUCGGCUUGGCACGCUCCCUAGCUGGACGAGGAAUAUCGUCCAGAACUUCGUGCACACGGGAAACGUGUCGUUGGCACAUCUGCUCUUCGAAGCGGCGCUUUUGAGGGACGGCGGGAAGACCAUGCCCAAAUGCGCCGGUCGCGCUUUCGCUGUCACCGACGCUGGGCCACCGCCUACGUUUGACGAUGUGUACACAUUGCUACGAGUCACAGCCACGCCAAACACGGCGCCUAUCAAGAUUGUGUACCUACAACCUGCCAUCAUUUUGGUUCUCGCAUACAUCAUCGAGUGGUUUGAUCUGGCCAGCCGGAGGCCGGUACUCGGAUGGAUAGUGCCGCGGCCUAAGGGCGAACUAGCAAAGUUGCAGCCGGCAAUCUUCUCAGCCUCUACGCAUCUGAUAGCGUCGAAUAAGGGGGCGGAACGAAGCGUCGAUGAAGGCGGUAUCGGCUAUCGACCCGUUACUAACACGAUCGAUGGUAUUUGCCAGCAAGUCUUAGAAUGGAAUAUCGAGCAUGAGAAUUCAUCGAAGCCAGCUCCCCAGAGUGGCGCAGAAACCCUCGUGAAGGAGAUUAAAAAUGUAGGUGCUAUGCCUACUGUUGCGGGUGCUUGAACACAAGUCUAUAUUAGUCUACUACAUAUAACACGGUACCCUGUAUUUGGCUAUAUAUCUUCUACGGUAUACCCAGGUUACUUCGUUUCACGAAUUUCAUUCAGGAUAGCCCAUUUCUAUGUACCUGUUGAUGCUACAUUUUAUAGUAACUACCUCCUACCUAGGUACCUAAGGUACCUUGGGGACUUAUACUCCUAGCGAUAGUAUACCGUUCUAUC